AUGCCACCACAGCUCCGGGCCUUCGGCGGUGGGCCCGGCGUCGGCGCGCCUUUCCACCAGCCCGGCUUUUCUUCUCAUGGCCAGCCACAGGGAGGACCUCUGGGCAACCAAUACCUCAAUGCCAACGCCCAGAUGAACCCCUUCACGCCCAACAACAUCAACUCGUUCAACGCCGCAGCCCUCAAUGGCGCCGCCGGCUUCCCCGACACGGGGUUCGGCAGCCAGAGCGCGAGGAUGGGCUUCGCGCAUGGGCCCAACGCCGCGGCCGCAGCCCUCCAGCAGCCGCAGCAGCAGCACGGCGGCCCGGUGCAGCACAAUGCCUUGAUGGACCAUCCCACAAUGCGGACCCAGCAGUCUAAUAAGGGCAGGAUACGCGAAGUCUGGAAACAUAAUCUCGAGGAGGAGAUGGCCGUGCUGAGAGACAUCAUUGACAAAUACCCCUAUGUAGCCAUGGACACUGAAUUCCCUGGCGUCGUAGCAAGACCCAUGGGCGGUUUCAGAGGGAAGAGCGACUAUCACUACCAGUGUCUGCGGACCAACGUGGACAUGCUCAAGGUCAUCCAGAUCGGCAUCACCUUGUUCAACGAAGACGGCGAGACACCGCCAGCGCGGCCCGGCCCCGAGCUGGGACUCAGCGCGGCGACGAGGCGGCACAUUGGCCAGGGGCCGUUUCCCUAUUCAUGGCAGUUCAACUUCAAGUUCUCCCUCAAGGACGACAUGUACAACGAGAAGUCGAUCGAGUCCCUUCAGCAGGCCGGCAUCGACUUUAACCUACUCGAGCGUGACGGAAUCGACCCCCACCAGUUUGCCUCCCUGUUGAUACCGUCCGGUCUGGUAUGCUUCGACAACGUCCGGUGGAUCUCCUUCCACGGCGGCUAUGACUUCGGAUACCUCACAAAGCUGCUCAUCUGCACGCCUCUGCCCAACGACGAGGUGGACUUUGACCACAAGAUGAAGCUGUACUUUCCCAAGACGUACGACGUAAAGCACCUGAUGAAGCACGCCAUCCGGCUUCACAACUCGGGCAUGCUUACCCCCAACGAUCCCGGCACCGCGGAGAUACUGCAAAAGUUUGAGCACAAGUCGGGCCUUGAGAAUAUCGCCGAGACUCUCAAGAUUAAGCGUAUCGGCUCCGCUCACCAGGCGGGCUCGGACUCUCUUCUCACGGGCAAGGUGUUCUUCCAGAUGCGGGACAGGAUAUUUAACGGCGAGAUCCCCGACGAUCAUCUCGGCAAGGUCUGGGGCCUGGGCAUCCCCGACAUUGGCCUGCCCAUGUCCAUGAUGGGCCAGGGCGGCGACCAGAACGGGGGUCAGAACGGCAACACGCCCAGCACGCCCAACACGGGCACCGCGCAUCUGGCGACGACCCCGGCGCAGAACCACAACACAAACGGCCUGCCCAAUAUGGGGCCCAUGACCCCGGGCGGAGGAGGAGGCGUCUUUGGUAACUUUGCAUUUGGAGGGAACGGCAGAUAG